UAGAACUUAGAGAAUAUUUAUCAUUUUUCUACGGAAAACUGCUUUUAAAAAAAACCGUUUAGCAUUACUGUUUGUUGUCGUUAAUGUCCGUUCGUGCAUGCCCAAGCAUGGCGUCUUUUCUAUUUUAAGAAUUUACGUUAUUUUAAUGUACCGGAAACGUAUUGGUUGUAUGUAAACAAAAAUAAAACUGUAAAGUUCUAAAAAUGUCAGCGAACCACGUGGAUUCUAGUCAAGAAAUACAAGCCGGCCAGUUGUCGCCGAGUAAAAAACGUAAACAUAAGUACAUAGAAUCUGGUACAGAUGAUGCUGAUACAAAUUUAUCUCAAGACGAUGAAAUAACAUUUAAGUCUGCUAAAACUAAUCAUAAUGAAACAUGCUGGACAGAAGCUGAUAAAGAAAUCCAUGUAUGGUUGAAAUCAGAUAUUCGUCAUUUGAUGGAUAAUUUAGAAGCGGCCAUUAUAGAAGCAGAUGGAGAAACUAGAUCUUGUAUAGGACUAGAGCAAAAAAUAAACUGGGAUUCUGUGAAAUUUGGUCGGUAUUCAGCCGAAGAUUGUCUAUUUAUGUGGAAAAAAAUACAGAAGAAGGUGAGGAAAACAAGAACAAUGUGUGAAGUGAUGAAUGAAGCUAAACAACUGGUAUCAGAUAAUGUUGAAUCGUUUUUAAAGUUUCAAAAAGCCCUGACAGCAGAGGAACUUUAUGUUGAUAAAAAGUUGGAUGAAUAUUUAGAAAAUCAUUCAGAUGUGGAGCGGGACGAUGCUGUGGAGGUUUUAAAAUCUAAAUAUAGUAAUUUAUCUGAUAGACGAAAGGAGAAAUAUGAAACUAAAGCAAAGGAGAUGCUGAAAGUGGUUAAAUCACAGAAAGGAAAAGAUCCCUGCCCAAAAGCUCCCUUACCUGUCAAUUUUUUUAUUGAAUCUAAACUAGAAUCAACAAUGAAAAGACAUCCAGAGCUUAGUGAACAUCAAGCAAGACUUCACUGUAGAUCAAAGUUCCGUGAUUUAAAAGAUUCUAAGAAAAUUAAAUAUAUCAAUAAAUCUAUUGAUGCAUUUCCUGAAUUUCAGAAAGAAUUAAGGGCAUAUUUUGAAUCACACCCAGAUGUAACAGUUAAACCAUUAACAUCUUUCUUAUCUAAACCAGAAAUAACCACCAAAUUAAAAUACGAUGGUUUUCCAGCUAAACCACCACAGACAGGCUAUUCUUUAUUUAGCAUAGAAAAAUUACGCAAUGAAACUUUUAUGCAUGAUUAUGAUUCAAAGACCAGGUUUAGAGCAAUCUCGGAUAUCUGGAAGGGGUUGAAUGCAGAGGAGAAGAAACGCUACGAAGUUCAGUCUACCGAGAUGAAAGAAGAAUAUAGAAAAAGUAUGAAGGAGAAGCUAUUAUCAAUAUCAGAAGAAGAAAAAGAUUUAUUAAGUCAAACAAUACAUUUACCUACAUUAGAUAGUCUAAAUGAUGAUCCCUCCAAAAAAUCCAAGAAGAAAACAAAGACAACGUUAAUUACUGCCUUUAUGAAACCUAAGAAAAACGAGAAUGGAACAGAUAAAAAUAAUGAUAAUAUUUUACCUAAAAUCUUUCCUGGUGAACCACAAAAUCCUAAACGUAAUGCAUAUGCAUUAUUUGUAGAAGCCGAGAUGCCCAAGAUAAAAAAUGUCAAAAGUGUGGAUAAGUUUAAAAUGAUAGGUCAAAGAUGGCGUGAUUUAUCAGAUAAUGAAAAACAGAAAUAUAGAUUAAAAGCCAGUGAAUUAGAUGAAGAAUAUAAAAAAAAAUUAGAAGAAUUUAAACAGUCUUUGGAUAAAAAGUCUCUUCAAAGAUACAAGAUGGUUUUAGAAUCAAGAAAGAAAAAAAAGAAACAAUCAAGUAGUAAGUCAAAUCCUGUGGUAACAGAAGUAUUUGAAAAAAAAGAAACGGAUGAAUCAGAAGAAGAGGAGGAAGAAGAAGAAGAAGAGGAGGAGGAGGAGGAGGAGGAGGAGGAGGAAGAAGAAGAAGAGGUCAGCAGUGAUUGAUAUAUCUGAUCACAUACGCAUGUAUAUCAAAACAUUGUUUACACAUUUAAAUAGACAUUUUCUUCAAAAAAUAUGUAAAGGUUGUCAUGAGUUCUUUACACAUUUGUAACAUUUAAUAAUAUUCAAAUCUAUCCAGAUGAAGAUUUCAUAGUCAGGAAUUAUUGUUAUUAAUCUAUAUUUGUAUGAGAUGAUGAAAACUUUUAAAUAGACCUGAUUUUCAAAUAAUGAUUUUGUAUAGUCCUUUUGACUAGCAGGAUAAUCAAAGUAUUUAAAGGCUAUGAUUGAUAGGAUCUGUAUCCUGUUGAUAUAUGACAGUCAACAGUCAUUUUCACUUCAAAGAUGAAUACUUUGACUUGCAUUCUGAUAACGUGUACUUUAAGACAAUAUUUUAAUUUUUCUAUUCAUAAUGUAUGUUUUUGUUUUGAGAUACAAUGUGAACUUCUGUUUAUUGCAAAAAAUGGAUUAAAUUUCGAGACAAAUUAAUUUUUUAUUUACAAUAGAUUUGCUAUGUUGUGAUUUUACAAAUAGCAAAACCAGACAUACCAUUUGAACAAAUAUCAUUUCAUUUCUGCCUGUAAAAUAAGAUUCAUUUUAACCACCAGUAUUUUUCUUUUUAAAAUCGUGUUUCCAUUUUAAUUCAUGUUUCAUAAAAUAUUUUAUUCUUAGCUGUGAAUUCAGUUUUAAUUUUGUUAUUGAAUUGAAUUGAUUUUAUAUUUAAUUUUAAAAAGUAAAAAUUGCUGGUCUCAAAAUGAGUUUUUGUGAGAUUUUUGUUGUUAUAUGUGAAUUAUGCUUUCGGAUUUCCGAUUAAUUUGUCGAAUCUGUGGUUAAAAUGUAUUUGGCCUAGAAACUGUUAAUUGAGAAUGUUCGAUAAACAUGCAUAAUAUUUUUUCCUGCUUUAGUAGGAAAUCCUAGGUUUUUUAUACACCCACAUAGAAAAUUGAUUGUAUAUUGUCGUCAUUAUUGUCAGACUGUGUAAUUGACAUGCACAAUUUCUAGUGGACGCUCUGUUUUAUUUAUGAGAGGGUAGAAUCCUAUGAUUUUUGAUGAUUUGUGAUAAUUACUGCUAGCAUUACAGCCCUUGGUCACUUAGAAAAGAUUAUCAUCUAAUUGAUUUAAAAUGUAUUCACAGUAUUCAGUAGUCUAUUUCUUUCAACUAUUUCUGAUAGCUCGAACAGUUAAAUUUCUCAUCUUAUUAUCGUUACAUGUUUUGUUUGUGUUGGUGCUAGGAACAACUGGAAGCCUGUCAAAAUUAAUUAUUCCUGAUAAUAUUUGAUCAGUUUUUAAUAUCUUGCUCCCAUAACCUACAAAAGAAUAAAAAUGCGACAGUCUUCAUGGAUGUAUGUUUUAUUGUCUGGCAACCUAUUUUUAUCUGAAAUAUAGUCCAUGCUCUUGGUCAAUGUUUCAUUUAUGUAAACCAGGAAAUUAAUGCCAGCAAAGAUCAGUCACAUUAAUAACAUGGAAUUUUUGUUUGAAAGUAUUUAUUUCUGGUUGAAUAAUUGUACUUCUAAGACUGCCUUCCAAUCUGAUUAAAAUUCAAAAAUUUGACUGAAUGACAAUUGCAAGUUUAGUUUUGUCUCUACUGCUCUAAAGAUAAUCUUUAAGUUAUAUUUAGUAACCGGAUAAAGUAGUAAACAAAAACACAUAGUUUUGGAAAACAUCUACCAUACUACAAUAUUGAGGCAACUAUCAAUAUACUAAUAACUGUUUUUCAUAAGUACUGGUAUGUGUUUUUGUUUUUUGCUCUAAAGAUGUCGCCCAUUAUUAGGUGCCUACCACCUUGGUUAGCAGCCCUGCAUACAGCACAAAUUGGCAUUAACUCAAUCCUUUGCACAGAAAGCAUUUCAUUUCUGCAUCGUUUUUCUUCUGGCAUUAGUUCUGAACUUUUAGAGAUAUACAAAGAGAGAAAUGGGGUGUAACAGCCACUCGACACAAACUAGGUCAUUUUGGGACUAAUUUCAUUUCAAUAAUUUGCUUGCGUGUAGGGGUCUUUAGUCGUGGGAGGAAACUGAAGUACCCGGAGAAAACCCACGAGGUUGGACUGGUGACCCUACUCCUUGUCGGGUACAACUGGAAAAUCUGAACUUUUAGUGGCACCAGUGACAAAUUUAAUGUAAAUGAUUUUUACUGUUUAAAAUAUUAAAUUAAAUUCUUGUCAUAUGUAUUAACUCAUAUUACUGAUCACUCUGAAGGGCUGUACAUACUACAAUGUUUUAUUCACAAAUAUUUGAACCAAAAUAUUUUAAAGAUUUAAACUGAAGCUGCAAGUUAAAAUCCUAGUACAAAAUUUAAUUCUUAGCCAAUCAAAAUUUUAUUUAUUGGACUAACAAGGUAUAUCAUUAAGGAUUCCUGGGCGACCUUCGGUUGCACGGAUUUUCGUUCUAUAGUUCAACCUGUGGUCGUGACCAGCCAUACCAUACGAUAGAGGAUGGUUGGGAUAGUUCAGACUGUAGUCGCAACGAUAGUCUACAUCCGAAGGUCGCCCAGGAAAAUCCCACUAAGUUGGACAUUCGAUCCUACUGAUUGUCACAUACAAGCCUGGGAACAAUACCAGGACGCUUGGCUCAAUGUCAGUCCUUAUGAUCUAAAGUUUAUUUAGCAAUUGGGGGGUUGGAUGGCUGAAUGGUUGGCGUGCGCGCGCUGUAUCAUAAAGUCUGUCAUUGAGUCGACUGGCGUGGUUUCGAAUCCCCGGUUGUACGUGGCAAGGAGUAGGGUCGCCUGUCCAACCUCGUGGGUUUUCUCCGGGUCCUCCGGUUUCCUCCCACUGCU